AUGACUUUGGAGCAUGCUCGUUGGUUUAAAGAUGGAGGAUACGGACUUAAGGACCCCGUGCUUCUCGUUUCGGAGCAUACGCGUUUUACGAGCCAAGUAGGAAACGGAUUACCACGAAAUAUUUCAGGCAGCUUGGUGGCUUCGACGAAAGAAGAGCUGCGGCAGCAGUAUGAACAUUUCGCGCCACAAGAAGUCUCAACUAGCAGUACCACGGCAAUCAAUGAAUUCAAGAACGUAUCCGAUUCAAUAAGCACGUAUCAAAACCGGCGUCAGAUUGGCAUGCGCGCAGUCGGCGCCGGUCUUCAGAGAGGCAUGAAUGACUUGUCCGUCGUUAUCGCCAAGUUCUCGAGUAUCGUGGAUGCCGUGGCCGGCGCCGGGGGGCCGUACGGCCAAGUUGGAUAUCAAACCUUAUCAAUACUGCUUAUCGUGUUCGUGAACAAGAGCAAGAACGAUGACCGUCUUCUGAGCCAUAUUCAGCAGAUCGGCAAGGCCUUACCGGACCUAGAAACAUGGAAAGCAUUGUAUCCUACGGAAAUUAUGAAAAGCUUGAUCGCUAGUGUUUACGAUGGAGUGAUUGAGUUUUCAAGAGAGGCAGUGAAGUAUCUGUGCAGCUUUCGCAGGAGACUAUGGACAGCGAUUAAUCCUCUAGCUGACCCAGCCCAUGAUGGCAUUGCAGCUGAGAUAUACAAAACCCUGGGCGAAGUUAACGCCGAGGCCGUGCUCGGCCUUCACAAAAGAGCUUCGAGCAUACGACAAACAGCAGAGAGGUCAGAGAAACAUAUCUUAAAGCUGAAGGAAGAGCUAGAGAUCUCAUCCGGAAAUAUGCAGAAGGUUCUGGCACAGAAUGAAGAACUGAAAGCCCAACUACUUGAGCAGAGCCAAGUUCUGGAUCUCGCUCGAAAGCAGGAGGAUUCCAGCAGGUAUCACGCAUUUGAAGAUGUCUUAGAACAACGUCUAUCCCGUGCUGAAUCCAACGUUGCGACUACUAAAAAAACCCUGAAAGCUAUCUAUCCGGACGUCGUCAAAGUGGCGAAUUGGAUACCGCAUACGACAUAUAUCCAGAUGGCUCACAAUACACUGUUCCAUCUUCCUGAAUACGCCGAAUGGAGGGAUAAAGACUCCUGCGCACUUCUCUACAUCAACGGAAGUACCGAUCUUGGAGGCCAAAAGCUGCGCAGCAUGCACUCUUGGCUUUCUCCAGCAGCGAUACAUGCCGCCGAAGAUUUGCGUGACCGCGGCGAAAAGGUGGCCUUCUUCUCAUGCUGUCCAACCCUAGAUCCAGCUAGGGUACCUCCUCGGGAUAUAUUUGGAUCACUCAUUCUUCAGGUGUUGAGUUGGAAUACGGAGGUAUUGCGGGAUAAAAAUGCCGAAUUCCGCCGCUUAGCUUCUCACAAGACGAUCGAACUUGAUCAAGUCCAAACCCUUUCCUUGCUGCUGGGCACAGCAAUCUCUGAAGUUGCCAGUAAGGAGAACGUAUACAUCAUUCUGGAUAGACCUGACUGUUGCCAAAUGACGGAGAACUCGAUAGAUUCUGGGGGGCUCGUGAUGCCAGUCGAGACUGUAAUGAACGCUCUGGUCAAACUUCUGCUGGAGGCUCAGAAGACCGGUCUCCGAGUCAAGAUACUAGCUGUUGUCGAGACUUCCCAAGGCAAAGGAAAUUGGCGUUACGAUUUUCUUCCCGGCUCAGGCGAUGUGACAGAGCUCGUGCUCGAUCCUGGACAUUGGAGCCAGAGAAAGCUGACUUCUUCCGAGUUGGCCAAGUCAAGGCCGCCAAUCUGGAAGGUCGAUAGCGCAGUUACGUUAUAA